AUAAAUUUCUAAUAAUUUCGAUUCAAUUCGUCGAAGGAAACAAGAAUACGAGGGAUCAACGCGGCGUCUAAUCUGGGUCUGACUCGUCUUCAUCAACUACGCUUCUAUUUCCAUCGAUUUCAGAUCACAAUGAAGCUUUUUCAGUGUUCAAAUGGAAGCUUCGUCGUUGAAUCCACCUUCAAGAACAUUUGUGACUAACACUCAGCCGAAGCAUGUCUUGUUCAUCAUCGAUUUCAAUGGAAAUUGCAGACAAAGAGACUUCUCAAGAUAAUAUUGAACAGGUUGAAUUGUUGAGUGGAGUUUAUGAUCAUUAUGAUGGAGUCAUUGUAGAAAUGAAGGAAGCUAUGGAUCCAAAGGAGUUUGGCUCCUUGCUUAGAGCUUCAUUAUCUCAAUGGAAACAGCUGGGUAAGAGAGGCAUUUGGAUCAAAUUACCUAUUGAACUUGCAAAUCUUAUUGAAGUUGUUGUUAAGGAAGGAUUCGACUUCCACCAUGCCGAACGCAAUUAUCUAAUGCUUGUACGAUGGAUCGCUGAAACUACUAACAGUCUUCCUGCUAAUGCCUCACAUCGUGUGGGCAUUGGUGCGUUUGUAAUGAAUAGUAAUCGAGAGCUGCUUGUGGUUCAAGAGCUCAGUGGCAUAUUCAGAGGCUCAGGUGUUUGGAAGUUACCAACUGGAGUGGUUAAUGAGGGAGAGGAUAUUUGUGAAGCAGCCAUUAGAGAAUUAAAAGAAGAGACUGGUGUUGAUGCCGAAUUUGUAGAAGUGUUAGCGUUCAGGCAAAGCCACGCUUCGUAUUUUACGAAAUCGGAUUUGUUUUUCGUGUGCAUGUUACAACCGUGUUCCUUCGAUAUUCAAAAGCAAGCUUCAGAAAUUGAGGCAGCCAAGUGGAUGCCCAUUGAAGAAUAUGCAGACCAACCCUUUGUAAAAGAAAAUUCGGGUUUCGACUACGUCGCAAAAAUAUGUUUAGCAAAGGCAAACGACAGCUAUAUCGGGUUCUCGGCGAAGCCCGCAUAUUCUGCCUCUGGGAAAAGGACUUACAUCUACUCAAAACUGGAAAUUUGAACUCACAAUCUUAGAAGACUGUGUAUACAGAUCAUUCAUUUGUGUAUCGAAGAACAUUUAUUGAUUAAUGGGUUAAUAAGGGGAGGAUUCAAACCUCUAACCUUUUAGUCGAGAUUAUAUAUUUCAUGUUAUUUCUCUCCUUUUAGGUUAAAUUUCUCGAGAACUUUUAGUAUUUGAUCUCGUUAGAGCUAUGUUUAGAUUGACGUUUGAAGUUUAUUUGUUAUCUAUAAUCGAGAACUUUUUAGACCGUCGC